AUGGCAAAAGAGCAAAAGCAGGGCAAAGACAAACAGAAGGAAUUGGAACUCGAAAUCGAUGAGGCUGAGGCUGACAUUGAUGUCCCAUUGCCUCUCACCGUGAAUUCUCGGGUUUUGUAUAUGUUGGGAGAUAUUGCUGCAGGGCCUGCGUUUAGGUUCACGCAAUGGCUCCAAUUGGUUCGUAAACGCACUAUCAAGUAUCGCUCCUCUGGCUUCCCUCACCGCACUUCCAGCACCACCAUGCCUUCAAGUUCUAGCAUCAGAGAAUCGAUUGAGGAUCCAAAAUGUGAGCUGGUCCCUGAUCAAACAGAAAUUAGCUUGUGGGAGAGGCUUGGGAAAGCUGCAAUGUUGGACAUUGAAUCAAGCUCCUUUUCUUGGGACAUGCUUUCUUCGCUGCACCACACUGAACACAGCAGUAGCAAUGAACAUUCUGAGGAUGAAAUGAACAAGGCUCUUGAGGUAACUGUAAAUUCAGGAGGGGUUGUCUUCUUUGCAUUCUUCAAUUGCCUUGGGAGUGCUGAUGCUUUUCCAAAAGAAGAAGCAGCCGUUAUAAAGAUAGCAUCAUCAAGAAUGGCAACACAGUCCGAACGCCUUGGCUAUGAAUUUGCCAAGUGGUUGGGAGUCCAAUCUCCACAGGCUAGAGUCAUUCACAAUACCAGUUUAGAAUGGCAACAAAUAAAGGAAGCUGCAGAAAAAGCUAGAGAAGCAGCAAAUUCUGAGGGUGAUGAAAUUGGUGAAGUGACAUGUUUUGAACUUUUGGAAGCACUUGAGCUUAGCCGAUGUCUCUUUUUUAUGAGUUACGUACAUGGUUCACCUUUGCUUGAAAACUCUAGUGCAUUUGAGUCAGGCGAAUCUGCAGACAGAACAUCAGAAGCUCUUGGCAGGGUACUGAUGCUGGACCUUGUCAUCAGAAAUGAAGAUAGGCUCCCUUGCCGUGAGCUUAGAUGGCGUGGGAAUUCUGCAAAUUUAUUGUUGGCUGAAAAGAUGAUCUCUGCGAAUACAAACACACUAGAAGCAGCUCUUGAUUCUGCAAUUAAUCGAUAUAGACCGAAGGUGAUUAGGGCACUUCAAAAAGAAAGAAGGUCAACUUCAGUAGAUAGCAGACUCGAUUCUCGUAAUCCUGGCUUGAUAUCACAGGCCUCUGAUCUUUCAGAGAUCGCAGAAUCACCAAGAUCUUGUGCCAUAAGCCUUAAAAGUCAAACAUCAGGAGAAUCACUGUCUCCUGACUUUCAUAUUGUAGCCAUUGAUUCUGGUGUUCCUCGGCGACCCCCUGCUGGAAAACGUGCAAAUGAUCAGGUUAAUUAUCCUAAGUUGGUUGAGUUGUUGAUCAAUAGUUCUGAGUUUGCCUCAAACCUGUUAUAUGAUAUAACUGGAGGGAAAUUAGGAUGUCCUUCACCAGAAGACAUGGAUACAACUGAUGUACAUGCAAGUGACAUGACAUCAGUAGUUCAUGCGUUCCGUACUGGUUUCCGUGCUUCUAUUAGGGAUCUGCAAGGAUUCCAUAUAUUCCUACUCACACUUCACCAAAGACUUGACAGUUUGUUACGAUCAUUUAUGAACAUUAUAAGCAAAAUAUCUUCGGGGGAAUCCGACAAAGAGGAUUCAGUGGUUCCUGACUCACCUUCACAGACUGCUGGUGUUAGUUGUUCCUCUCCAACAAGUAAGGAGAGGCUUGCUAAUGAUAACCAUCAAGAUUUUACUGAUUCAGAAUCACAGAGAACUGUUUCAAGGGCAUCGUCGUUAUGCAAUAGAGAUUGCUGUGAUUCGGCUCCUAUGUCAAGAGAAGGUUGGCAUGGAAAAUUCUACAAAGGAAGUGGGGAGCCACUUCGUUGUCUCCGCUUGACAGCUAAACUCCGUGACUUCCAAAAAUUUGCCAAGGUUGAUGCUGAAUCUAAUAAAGAAUUGGAGCAGUGGAAUGAAAUGCUUAAAAGUGAUGCCAUGAAGCUAUGCCAGGAGAACAAUUUCAAUACAGGAUUUUUCGAGGGUAGUGAUAAUAACAGUGUAGUUGAUGCAUACGAACUUAAGGUCAGACUUGAGCAUAUCCUCGAGAGAAUUGCAUUGAUAUCUGAGGCUGCAAGUACAGAGAGACCAUCCGCUGUUACAAGUAGUCUGUUCAUUGGGGGAGCACUUGCUGCAAGAUCUGUAUACACACUCCAAUACUUGGGAAUCACACAUAUUUUGUGUUUGUGUACCAAUGAAAUUGGACAGUCUGAAUGUCAACUUCCUGAUCUGUUCGAGUACAAAAAUUUCUCUGUGUGUGACAGUGAAGAUUUUAACAUCAGCACCAUAUUUGAAGAAGCGUGUGAUUUUAUAGAUUAUGUUGAACAAACAGGUCAGAGAGUUUUAGUUCAUUGCUUUGAGGGGAGAAGCAGAAGUGUCACGUUGGUCCUUGCUUACUUAAUGCUCAGGAAGAAGUUCACAUUAUCAAAAGCAUGGCAUGCUCUGAAACGAGUUCACCGUCGAGCACAGCCCAAUGAUGGUUUUGCAAGGCUCUUACUGGAAUUGGAUCAGAAACUGCAUGGGAAGGUUUCAAUGGAAUGGCAACAGCGGAAACCAACAAUGAAAGUCUGCCCCAUUUGUGGGAAGAAUGCUGGACUAAGCAGCAGCUCACUUAAGCUACAUCUGCAGAAAUCACAUAGAAAGCUAUCAUCUGGGAGCGUAGAUAGUGCCAUGACAAUGGAGAUCCAGAAGGCAAUUACUGCUUUGAAGAUUAGCCGUGGUGGGAGUGUCAGCCCCACACAAAGGUCCUCUCAUUCAAUAAUUGAUCAAUAGAAACUGUAAAUUCUAAAAUUUUACUCUGACAAAUAUCAGCAUGUUAUAAAUUCAGUGUAAGUAGAAUAUAGGAUUGGAAGUGGAUCCAACAGCUGUCACAUAUCGUUAAUAUGUUCAUUGAAAGAGUUGUAGCAUGAGUUUUGUCAUAAUGAAGUUGUUUCACAGGCCAGCAAACGGGUGUCCGUAUUAUAAGAAUCAUGCAUACCCCACUCGGGGAAUUUGUACUCUAUUUUGCAAUCAA